GGAAGCUUCACAUCUGGGUUUUAAUGGCACCCACCACCUCCCACUUUUCUGCCUUGCUACUCAAGCAAAGUGUUCAUUUUUAAUGCUCUUCUGAACCUGAAGCUGAGAAGCCACCUUCUUCUCGCAGAAAUCCUUGCAAAUAAUAGACGUUGUUGUGGAUCCACUUUGCAGAGAAAAUGGGGAAUUCAACCAUGAUUGAGUCCUCCUGUGGGUACCUGCUGCAAGAAUUGAAGUUGGUAUGGGAUGAAGUUGGCCAGGACCAGAUAGAAAGAGAAAAGGUUCUGCUUGAGUUACAGCAAGAAUGCCUAGAAAUUUACAGAAAGAAGGUAGAGAAUGCAAACAUUUCUCGAGCUCGCUUGCUUCAGCAGUUGGCUGACUAUGAAGCAGAAUACGCGAACCUUCUUGUGGUCUUGGGAGAAGAAACAUUGGCUACUGGACCUGAGAAAUUGGUAGGAACUGUCAAACAACAGCUCGAUUCGAUCAAGCCUGCCCUGCGUGACAUGCAGAAGAGAAGGGAUGACAGACGCAGGCAAUUUCUAGAUGUUCAAAGCCAAAUCCAGAUGAUCUCUGCAGAAAUACAGGGAAAUACAGCAACAAGCACUCUACAGGAAUCCGUGGACAUAAGUCAAAAUGAUCUCUCAUUGAAGAAGCUUCAAGAGUACACAGCUGAACUCGAACAGCUCCAGAAGGAAAAGAAUGAGAGACUUAAGAGAGUUGAAGAUUACUUAAAGACUGUAAAUAGCCUUUGUGCUGCUUUGGGGAUGGAUUCUUCCAAGAUCAUUGAAGAUGUUGACCCAAGCUUCAAUUGUUCUUCUGAAUCACGAUCCAAGAGCAUGACUGAUGAUGCUUUGCACAAGUUGAACAACACAGUGGAGUCACUAAAAGAAGAGAAACAAAAGAGACUUGAGAAGCUUCAAAAUCUAGGGAAAACAUUAAGGAGCAUGUGGGAUCUCAUGGACACUUCAUCUGAAGAGCAGCAGUUAUUUGCUAAUGUGACUGAAACCCUGGUGCUUUCUCCACCUGACACAUCAAAUCCAGGAAGCCUUACCCUUGAAGAAAUUGACAAGGCCGAGGCUGAGGUGCAGAGACUCAACCAACUAAAAUUCAUCAAGAUGAAAGAUUUAUUCCAAGGUAAACGUAUGGAGCUUGAGGAGAUAUGCAAGAAAAGCCACAUGGAUCUUACCUUCUUAUCAGAAACAGAUUAUCUGGUCGAUCUUAUAAGCACAGAUGCAGGUUGGGAUGGCCUUACUUCGGAAAAGUCCAUGAGGAAAAUUUUCAUGGGAAGGCAGAAGGUACUCAGGAAAAGCUUGGGGCCAACCUUUGGGGACAUCGACCAUGUGCAUGUUCUCUCAAGCAUGGAAGGGCAGAUCACGAAAGCAAGAGAAGAGGCUUAUAGUAGAAAGGUCAUAUUGGACAAGGUUGAGAGAUGGACAGCUGCCUGUGAAGAAGAAAGAUGGUUGGAAGAAUAUAACAAGGAUGAGAACAGGUACAGUGCGAGUAGAGGAGCACAUAAGAACUUGCAACGAGCUCUGCGUGCCAGGAAUGUAGUUCACAAAAUCCCAGCAUUGGUGCAGCAGUUGAUUACCAAGACCAAAAAGUGGGAAAAUGAAAGGAACAAGAUCUUCUUCUAUGAAGAUGUACCACUAUUGGCACUGUUGGAUGAAUACAACACACUGAGACAGGAAAAAGCAGGAGAACAACAUAGGCAAAAGGAGAGAAAAAACGUCCAGAAUCAUGUAUUUGCCAAUCAGGAGAACCUAUCGAUAUUGCAUCCAAGCACAAGCAGCGGACAGGUCUCCACAAGAUAUUACAGUACAAGUUUUGGUAGUACAAUGCCUGUACACAGAUACCAUGGAAAGAACUCAGCAGCCCAAGACUUGUUUUUUAUCAAAGAAGGCAGUAAGCUGCAAGGACAAAAGAUUCAGAUGCAAAGAAGCUAUAUUUCUCAGCUUGGAGAUGAUUCUUCAUCCCAAAUUUCUGCAACUUUUUCAGGCCCAACUUGUUCUUAAAAUGUGUAAAAUCAAAUAUUUGCUUAUAAAAUUUUGAGAUACCAAAAAUACAUUCUUGCAUGAAACCAAGAGUUGAAAAGGAAUACGAGAGUGAUAAUCUAAGACAUUUGUUUCCCAUUAAUAUGUAAUAUCUAU